AUGGAUGCCCGGCGCCUCCCGCCGAGGACUGGGCAGCAUGGCCCUGGGCCCUGCGCUGUGGCUGGGCCCUCUGCUCCUGGCUUCCCUCGGGGGGUCCUCAGCUCCAGGCGCCUCGGCGAGCACAUCCGGCGUUUUCAGGAGAGCUCUGUCCUGGGCCUGAGUCUGGGUCCGGGGGUGGCGGCCCGCCCUAGAGAGGGGUGGCUGGAGCAGCCCCUGGACCCCUUCAAUGCGUCUGACAGGAGGUCCUUCCUUCAGCGGUACUGGAUAAGCGACCAGCACUGGGCCAGCCGGGAUGGACCCGUAUUCCUGCAUCUGGGGGGCGAGGGCAGCCUCGGGCCGGGCUCAGUGAUGAGAGGGCACCCUGCAGCCCUGGCCCCAGCUUUGGGGGCCCUGGUGAUAGGCCUGGAACACAGGUUUUAUGGCCUGAGCAUACCUGCUGGGGGCCUGGACAUGGCCCAGCUCCGCUUCUUGUCCAGCCGCCAUGCGCUGGCCGACGUGGUCUCCGCGCGCCUCGCGCUCUCCCGCCUCCACAACGUCUCCUCUUCCAGCCGCUGGGUCUGCUUCGGAGGCUCCUAUGCCGGCUCCCUGGCCGCCUGGGCGCGGCUGAAGUUCCCGCAUCUCCUCUUCGCUGCGGUCGCCUCCUCGGCCCCGGUGCGGGCCGUGCUGGAUUUCUCCGCCUACAACGAGGUGGUGUCCAGGAGCCUCACGAACACGGCGAUCGGCGGGUCACCGGAAUGCCGGGCGGCGGUGUCCACGGCCUUCGCGGAGGUGGAGCGGCGGUUGCGCGCGGGAGAGGAGGCCCGCACGGCUCUGAGGGCGGAGCUGGGCGCCUGCUCGUCCCUGGGCCGCGCGGAGGACCGGGAGGAGCUGCUGGGGGCGCUGCAGGCGCUGGUGGGGGGCGCAGUGCAGUAUGACGGGCAGGCGGGGGCGCCGCUGAGCGUGCGGCAGCUCUGCGGACUCCUGCUCGAGGGCAGGCGCAAUGGCAGCCGCCCGGUGCCCUACCACGGGCUGCGUCGGGCGGUGCAGGUUGUCAUGCACAGCAUGGGCCAGAGGUGUUUAAGCUUUUCCCGAGCAGAGACAUUGGCACAGCUGAGGGUCACAGAACCCCAAGUGUCCGGCGUGGGUGAUCGGCAGUGGUUGUACCAGACAUGCACUGAGUUCGGCUUCUAUGUCACCUGUGAGGACCCCACAUGUCCUUUCUCCAAACUCCCAGCACUGCCCUCCCAGCUGGAGCUGUGUGAGCAGGUGUUUGGGCUUUCAACCUGGUCCACAGUCCAGGCUGUGGCUCAGACCAACUCCUACUACGGUGGCCAGACCCCAGUGGCCACCCAGGUGCUGUUCGUGAAUGGGGAUAUGGACCCCUGGCAUGUGCUGAGUGUCACUCAGGACUUGGGGCCCUCCGUGUCAGCCCUUCUCAUCCCCAAUGCCUCUCACUGCUUGGAUAUGGCACCUGAGCGGCCCUCGGACACCCCCAGCCUCCGCCUAGGGCGCCAGAGCAUCUUGCAGCAGCUGCAGACCUGGCUCAAGAUGGCGAAGAAGAGCUUGGUUAGCGGUGGAGUCUGAGCCCAGCACCCUCGCCACUCCCUGCAGCCGACCUCAGACCAGGACAUACUUGUUCACUGGACAGGAGAAAGCAGCAUGUUUAUGAAGAGGAAAUUCCCAGGAAUUGGCAUUCAGCACCUGUUCCACAUAUAACUGACUUGUGUAUGCAACCAUCCUCACUCCCAGCUAAAACAGCUCUGUUACAGACAAGAAGUUCUGCAAAUAUAACUGGGUGAUUAUUCUCA